AUGAAUAAUAAUAAUAAUUUUAAUAGUAAUUUUAAUAGUAAUAGAAUUAGUUCUACUCAGCCAUAUUUAUCAGAUGAUGCAAGAAAUGCACUUUUUGAAGGUAAAGAUAGGAAAUGGGGUAAUAAUAAUAAUAAUAACUAUGAUACACUUUCAAAUCAAGAUGUAUUUGAAAAACAAAAAAGAGAUAUGGAAGAACAAGAUAAAAUGUUAGAUGCAUUAUCAGGUAGUAUAAGUAGAGUAAAAGAUACAGCAAUUACAAUUAAUAAAACAGCACAAGAACAAACUGACAUGUUGGACGAAUUAGAUGUUCAUGUCGAUUCAACAUCUGCAAGAAUGAGGAAUACAACUAAAAAUUUAAUUACAUUAACUCAACAAUCUAAAACAACUGGUUAUUGUUCUGCCAUUUGUUUUUUACUUUUAGUUUUAUUGGUUAUCAUAAUUCUAGCAUCUGUAUUAUAA